AUGGCCAUGCACGGUGGACAUGUGGAGACCACGCUGAGCAAAACAGAUGGUUUUGGGAAGCUCCAGAACUGCGAUGACUACCUCGAUCGCCUCAACAUCUACAGGAUGAAGCUCCCCGCAACGCCUGAUGGGAGCAGCUUGGGCACUGUCGCGGGAGACAAGGAGGACCAGAUUGGCGAUCCUUCCAAAGUACAUGUCAAAGCUCCAACACGACCCGAUGAUGCCGGAUCCGAUGAAGAGGAUCCAGAGCUCUAUGAGCAGCUGUCGAAGCAACGUCGUCUGGUGAAGCGUGCCGAUACAGGCCAAGCAAAGAAAGGUGAAGCCGCACUUUCGCAGGUCUCGGAGCGCAUUCAAACAAUGGGCGACGAGGAUGAGGAAGUGAAGGAGCAAAAGGAAAGAGACCUGCUUGGCCUCAAGAAAGAGACCGACACCAAUGUGGCCCUGACUGCAACUACAGAGUUCUGCAACGUGGUGCAGACGCCUUUGGAGAAGAUCGAGACGUUGAAACACGAAAGCUUCCGAGGUUCAACUCUGUACAAGCAGCAGGCCACCCAGCGGAAGGGUGUGGCCGCAGGUGAGCGAAAAGCGCGCAAAGCCGGUCUGGCCGAAGAGGUGUCAGCUGUCAAGGAUGUUGAAGAAGAUGUGGAGCAAUCGCUGAUUGAGGAUUCUCUCGACCUCAGUUGCGCCAGCGGAUUAGAGUACCUCCGCGCACGAUCACAGAUCGGUUGCGAUCAGGACUCCCACAGAAUCCGAAAGCUUGACAACCGUCCAUUGGAGAUGUCCACUGUGGAUGGAGAUAUCAAGCUCGAAUACCGAGAUGACUUUGGCAGGGUGCAAACCCCCAAGGAGGCCUUCCGCUCCAUCUCCUGGAAGUUUCACGGCAAGGUGCCUGGCCGAAAGAAUAUGGAGAGACGUCUUUUGCGCUUGGAGAACGAGAUGAGAUUGAAGAGCAUGAACGUUAUCGAAGCGCUGCCUACGCUUAGGGCACUGCGACAUGUGCAGACGGCAGAUGCCAAGCCGUGCCCCGUUUGGGUCAUGAACCACUUCACCACUCCGAGUGUUAUUCCAAUGACGGUCUCCUCGCCUCCCAAAUUGCAAAAUGCAGGUUGUUUUGGUCAAGCUUUGCCGAAGCCUCUCCCAACUGAGGACACACUGAGCACAAGAAGCCAAGUGUAUGAGACGAUGUUCCUGAAGAAGCAGCUGGAUCAUUUCGACGAGUGUCCCAUCCAAAUGACCCCGAUGCUGGAACCAGUUCGAAUCGUGCACGAGGAUGAAGAUGCUCGUGUUGGACAACCUGCGCACAUCAUGGACUUGGAGGCUGCCAAUCGCUGGCUCUUUGAAUGCGAGGCAGAGGCUCGCUGUCCUUUUUGCAGAGGAGUCGUCUUACACAUUCAGGCUGAGCCGUCUGAGCAGUUGAAUAAGAUUCUUCCGCUGAUCGCUGAAAAGACCUAUACAAACCUCGAGAGCGUGGCGCACAAGGCUGUUCGUCUUGGAGACUCACGGCUGCUGGCAGCACUUUCUAGGCUGUUGCCAGCAAAUCGCUGGCGAGAUGUGCUACUCCAAAAAAACCAAGAAGGAAAGCUUCCUUUCGAACUUGUCCCUGAGACACUGCAAUCCGAGGAGGAGAUCUCUGCCUUCUACCAGGGUCUAAGUCUGCAUCCAGCUUCCGACCUUGAGGACUUCCAAGAUGUCAUUGUACAUUCAGGGCUCUCAGCGCGCUUUGCCAGAGGCUGCGAAGUGUGGUCAAGGCAAGAUCCUUCAGAUCCCAGACCCCUGCGAGCUGGAGAUGUGGCUGUGAGGGGAAGUUGCUUGUACUACUUGCUGGGUUCAAUGUGCCAGAAUGGUCAUGAUCAGCUACUUCUCCUCCGCUACACUGACAAGAGGGCCGAUCUUUGUCGAGCAGCGCUGCGGGCAGCUUUUUGCCAGGACGGACGUGUUCCCGAGCUGUACGAGCCUGGGGUGCGGCUGUCACUGGGGGCCACUUCUCAGUGCUUCUCUGGGCGGCAAGAUGUUUGGAUUGGUGGCAGCCCCUACUUGGACGACUUUGUGAUCAAAGGUCUCCCACCAAAGGCUGCAGUGUUACGCCACUCGAUGGGAUGGUCCCUCCGACUGCCUGCGGACCUGGUGGACCUGGUGGACCUGGAAGUUCAGGAGAGCUCUGGCAAUGUGUUGAUCGCAAGAGAUGGAUCGUACGAGUUGCCUGCGGAAGACACAACAGUGACAAUCCAGCCGUUGGGACUUCAGUUUCAUCUGCGGCCCUGUUUCCUUCCCCGCCGCGCAGUGAGUCGCGACUUCGUGGCCAGUCUACAGGAGCAGAUCCCUCGGAACGAUAGCGAUCUUCGACAGCGGCUGGUGCUUGUUCGCUUUGAACUUGAACAAUUUCGCGAGUUGGGACAUGAAUCCCGUCCCAGUCUUCGUUCUGAACACACAGGAGCCAUCACAUCGGAGUUCACCGUGGGUCGCCGCGGGGCGUCAUCCCUGGUGAUUCCCAUGGCCGCGAAUUUGGGUGCCUCAGUGAGUCGACAUCAUUGCUGCAUACAUUUGAAAGGAGAUCACUUGGUGGCAUAUGAUGGCGGCUCCAUGUGUGGCACAAAGUUGAAUGGAAAGGCUCUUGGCAGUAGCAUCUCAUCAGCUCUUCCAGUGGCUCAAGGCGAUAUCUUGGCUCUGGGAGACUUUGCACAACUACGCCUGGCCAAGGUAUCUCCAGUGCUGCAAGCAGAUGAUCACAACUCUCUGGCUGCCUUCUUCGGUGAUGGCCUUGUGUGA